ACGGUCACGACCACAGGCGGGAAGACCAUCCAACAAGCUAUCGAUGAUGCUCAUCCAGGAGACAGAAUCGUUGUCGAAAAGGGCACCUAUGCUGAGCAACUGACCAUCUCCAAGAAUGGCAUCUCUCUCAUCGGCCACGAGGCAACCCUGAGCGUCCCUGGCACUCCUUUCCACAACACUUGUUCCGGCCUCGCUGGCCCGGACGUUACAAACCAAGUUGAUCCAACCGUCGAUACCCAGGCUGGGAUCUGUAUCACCGGUACCGACGUUUCUCUCGCCAGGUGGGAGUUUGAACACCGAAAGUUCAACUCCGUCGGGAGCACUGUCAAAGAAGUCUCUGUCAAAGGCUUCACGGUGAACGGCUUUGGGUUAGGGGUGGCAGUGGUUGGGGCACGGGAUACGACUGUGUCGGGCAACACACUCAUCGACAACAACUUCUACGGCGCCCUGACUGUGGGCUCUAAGAACACUGUCUUCAAGCACAACACGGUAUACUCGACGCCCCUACCAUUCCCAUUCAUUCGCGUCAUUGGAAUAUGCAUGGACGACAGGAACCCGGUUUCUGUACAUCACAAUGAAAUCAGCAACUACUGGGUUGGCUUGUGUUUGCAGACGAAUGAAGCGAACGUCUAUGAGAAUCGCGUCCACGACACAUGCAUUGGCGCAUACGUGGACCCCAACGUUGAUGGUGCGAAGGUCCAUGACAACGAUAUCUCCGGCACGGGGGCGAACUGCAGAGCCCCAGAUGGCUCGGCUAACCCCAUCUUCGGCGGGCAAGUGUAUGGAAUUGUUAUGUCCGGUGCGAUCAAUACUGUUGUGAAGGGUAACAAUAUCCAUGACAAGCUUGGCCUGGGAUAUGGUAUCGCGAUCAUGGAUGAUGCUUCAGGGGCGGUUGCAUCGGGGAAUCUGGUUGAGAAGAACAGUGUGACGGGAAACGAGAUUGAUAUCCACGUUGAGACGAUAGGAAAAAAGAAUGUGGUGAAGAAGAACAAUAUAUGUGCUUCUUCGUUUCCGUCGGGUCUGUGCAAGUAA